CGUCGCUUGGAACAACAAGUCUAAACUUGUCCGUCGUUCAUAGCGCAUUCGUCCCUUAUAUCUAUAAAGUGUGAUCGUUAAGUUGGACAUCGAAUACUAUUUACUGAGUGAUUAAUAUUACGCAAAUAAUUAUGGAUCCUGAAAAUAGAGAUACUCCAGGUGGCUCAAACUACAGAGUAAUAUCUAGAAAAAGAUUAUACGAUAAAAUGCAGCAACAGAACUUACCGAAUUUAGAAGAAAAAUUAAAUUAUUUGGAAAAUGAACUUUUAACACAUGGUGAUUAUAGUCAAGAGCAAAUAAGAGAGUUGAAGAAUAAAUUUUCUUAUAUAAAAAGUGAAUUUAAAAGAAGAUGGUCAAAAGGUAAGAGGCAAGAAGACAAAUUCUUAAAAGAGAAUGCUGAUUGGCUGCAAGGAACAUUCCAGAUACCUAAAUCUUCCCAUGGACGUGUUGGUCGACCAUUGAAACCAUUUAGUGAGUUAUCUGAGAGAAGUAGAAGGAGAAAAACAGAGCAACUACGAAACACCGUAAGUAAAGAGGCUCUCGUUCAUGCUGCAAAGGCGAGUUUGCAGAGUUCUGGGAAUAGAGACGCAUCACAAGUUCUCACUGAAUUAGUUAAGUCUCCAAAACGAGGUACUAAGUACAAAAAAGCUUAUGCAACACAUUUGCAAGUCAACGCAACACAACUUACACCUCUUCGUUCGUUAUCAAUGUUUGUGGAAGCGGAUCUUUCCAGAAAACAGUACGAAGUAAUACGAGAUUCAAAUAAGAAAUAUUACCCUUGUUAUACCAUAUUGCAAAAGGAAAAACGUAAGUGCUAUCCGCAAAAAGAGUCAUAUCAUAAUCCAACCCCAUCAUCUCCAAGAUACUGUCGUCCGAUUAGGCUCAGGUUUAUAAAAGAGACUACUGAUACUACAAACAAUGAAAUCAAAUACAUUCAAAAUCAAAUUGAUGCAUUAGAGAACAGCGUAUUUACGAGAGAAGGGAUAUCUGCAAGUGUAAAACAUACCAUGGCAUUUACUAUGGUAGAUGGAAAGGUGUGCAACGCUGCCACACAGACAGCGUCUACCAUGAAAUGUUAUAUCUGUGGAGCAACACCAAAGCUUUUUAACGACCUUUCCAUUAAGAGAGAUGUGGAUAGUGACGCUUUAUCAUUUGGUUUGUCCAUUUUGCAUGCGAGAAUCAGAUUAUUCGAAAGUAUAUUACACCUUUCUUACAAAUUACCUGUAAAAAAAUGGCAGUUUAGAUCCGAAGCUGACAAGACUGUUGUUAAAGAAAGAAAAGUUGAAAUACAAAAAGUAUUUAGGGAAGAAACAGGCUUAAUAGUAGAUGUACCUAAAGCUAAUUUUGGUAACACCAAUGACGGCAACACCAGUCGACGAUUUUUUGCCGAGCCACAAAAAGCAAGUAAAAUCACUGGAGUUGAUUUCAAUUUAAUUUAUAGACUAAAAAUAAUUUUGGAAGUGAUUUCAAGUGGCCACAAAGUCGAUUUAAAAAAAUUUGCUGACUAUUGUUUUGAAGCUGCAAAAAUUUAUAUUUCUUUAUAUUCGUGGCAUCCUAUAACCCCAACAAUGCACAAAAUUCUUUUGCAUGGGGCAACAGUUAUGGAGAAAGCGUUAUUGCCAAUCGGGAUGCUAUCCGAAGAGGCCGCUGAAGCCCGCAACAAAUAUUUUAGGAUGUACCGAAAUAGCUUUGCACGAAAAUUUUCAAGAGUAGAGUGCAAUCUUGACAUCUUGAAUAGACUUUUGUUAAGUUCCGACCCAUUAAUAACCAGCCUAAGACCGACAAUACCAAAAUCAUCAAAACGUUUUUCGAAAGAAGCUAUUGAAAUGUUGAUUCCAGCCGAUAUAAACACAAAUAUGGAUAAUUCAGACUCAGAAGAGCUUACAGACAAAGAAGACAAUGAAUCAGAACCAUGCCCCUAA